AAUAAAAUCAUAGAAACGCGAGGCAAGAAAGAAAAAAAGUUGAAAAUAAGCCGACAGGGAAGGAGUUGAGGAAGUCGACAGAAACUGCGACGGAUGAAUAUGGAUCGAAAAGAUAAACAAAAUCCACAAGGUCAAACAGCUCGGAUUCUGGUAGAAUUUUUGGAAGCUGCCAUCACCUCCGUUAUCUUCCUCAAAGGAGUCUACCCAAAUGGGGCGUUUGAGAGGCGGCGUUACAUGAAUCUUGUGGUGCAUAAAGCUCGGCAUCCUGAGCUGAGAGACUAUAUUCACUCCUCUGUCACUGGCCUCCUUCCUUUUAUCCAAAAGGGACAAGUGGAGAGAGUUGCAGUUAUUUUGUUUGAUAGCAAAAGUGUUCCUUUUGAGAGAUUUGUGUUCAAGAUAGAUGUGAACCAGUCUUAUGGUUCAAUGGUGGAAGAAGCUGAGCUGGAGUUCUCACUUAGGUCUUUCUUCAUCAAGCUUCCCAUUUCACAAUCUCUGACCCAGACUCUUCCUCAAGAUUGCAGGUGGGAAAUAACAGCUUACUUUCGCUCUCUCCCGCAUAGUAGUACAAGUAAGGAUGCAGGUAUAUGGGUUCCAACAGACACCAAGCAAUGGCAACAGCCUCCGCUGAUUAUACCUAUCAAGUCAAUGAGGAUUGAACCUCUUGGAGUGCAGCUGUAUGUAGAGCAUCCAACUCUCUAUGAACAAAAAAUUUAACAAGGGAUCUUCUCUCUGCCGUUUUUCUCAAUGUCAUUUGAUUGAUAUACAAUGUUGAGGCAUUUCAAAUGGCUGUAAGAAAUUGCCUUUUUUA